AACUGUUACAUGUGUUUCAAAGCCCUGUGGUGAAAUGCUUGGAGCUUUUCUGACACCUGAAGUGAGAGAUCGGCUGCUCUCCGAUGCCGAGAACGAGUCAUACGAUCGUAUCGAGAACCACUGGCUCCUCCGCAGAUCUGCUGCAGAUGCCUUUGCUCAAGGGUAUUUUCAGCUUUCGUUCUACAAAAAGUCCAAGUAUGAAGUUUCGAAAAUCCUGACGGGCGGACCCCGAUAUCCUCCCAUUCUUGACCAGGUGAAGGAUUUUCGACGCGCCUCUUUUGUCGAUUCCUCUCGCUCCAACAUCAACAUUCCGAAAUGUUGGGCUCUAGAGAUUUUAUCCCGCUUCGCUAUUCCGCUUCGAUGGACAUACAUUGCUCAAGAGAUUGCCGGCAAACAACAUAAGCAGUCUUAUGCCGCGUUCCUAUCUCCAUUUUCCUCGACCUUGACAUUGCUCUCCGACACCUACACAACCAUUCUGAAGACACUCUGGCUCCUCGUACCUGGGGCCAUGCGUAUUCGAAUGUAUCGCAGUCUGGCGUCUCUUGGCGCACGCAUGUAUGGCUUCACCGACAGCCCCAACGUGCAGCAACUUCCUUUCGGGCUCUAUCUUAAGAGGGUCAGUUUGGCGCGGCGCGAGAGCCUGGUGAACGAGCACGCAGCACUAGAACUGGUGCGACGCCAUACGAACGUGCCGGUUCCCCGCGCCCUAGAUUUAAUCUCAGACUCGAGCAACAUCUACCUCUUGACUACGCGAAUUCCCGGCUAUAAACUCGGUCUGUGUAUCGAUACCAUGAGCGACGAAGACACUGCUCAGCUGGUUCACGAAUUACGUCGCCACAUAGCCGCACUUCGCGUUGUUCCCAGGCCUCUCGGUUGGAAGUAUGCAAUCUCCAGCGCUGUUGAUGGACCCUGUUUUGACUAUCGAAUCAAUGCCGCGCUAGACUAUGACGAGAAUCGAGGCGACGUCGUGGGACCUUUCCUAAGCGAGGAUGAUUUCAACGAAACUCUGCGAUGCGGUGCGCUGCCAGAGGUGGUUCACCGUGGUGGACAUAAGAUGGUAUUUACGCAUGGUGAUCUUAACCUGAGAAAUAUUCUUGUAGACGGUCAUGGGAGACUUGCUGGCAUUGUCGACUGGGAAAACGCUGGAUGGUUCCCAGAGUACUGGGAUUAUACAAAGGCGUAUUUUGUGACUAAACUGGAUCAGCGGUGGCUCAGGAUGGUCGAUGAUGUGUUCCGCCAGUUUGGAGAUUUUGGGCAGGAGUUGCAAACAGAGCGUGAGCUCUGGAAUUAUUGUUUCUAAUAUAAUACCCUAAGCUUUUUAAUUGCGAUAGAGUUCCUUGGCCACGAAUAAACAUCCAUUUCCCGAGUCUGAAUGUAGAAAAUAAAACCAGAAUCAGCGGACA